GCUGAUUCAGGGCCUCAUGAAGGUAAACAGAUCGAUGACAACACAGGCCAGCAGAAUACAAGGGUGGCUGCUGGCUCCUCUAUGGUUUACGGUUGUGUGGGGUCCAGGGAUUGCAACACAGAAAUGGCGUCGGACAUGCCUGGCUCUGUGGCACUGCCCGUAGCUCCCAUGGCAGCGGCCGGGCAGGUGAGGAUGGCAGGGGCCAUGCCAGCCCGUGGAGGGAAGCGGCGCUCGGGGAUGGACUUUGAGGAUGAAGAUGGUGAAGGGCCCAGCAAGUUCUCAAGAGAGAACCACAGCGAGAUUGAGCGGCGCCGGAGGAACAAGAUGACCCAGUAUAUCACGGAGCUGUCGGACAUGGUGCCCACCUGCAGCGCGCUGGCCCGGAAGCCCGACAAGCUGACCAUCCUGCGCAUGGCUGUGUCGCACAUGAAGUCCAUGCGAGGCACCGGGAACAAGUCCACCGACGGGGCCUACAAGCCGUCCUUCCUCACCGAGCAAGAACUGAAACACCUCAUCCUAGAAGCGGCUGAUGGGUUCCUGUUUGUGGUGGCAGCCGAGACGGGGCGGGUGAUCUACGUGUCUGACUCGGUCACACCUGUCCUGAAUCAACCGCAGUCCGAGUGGUUUGGGAGCACCCUGUAUGAGCAGGUGCACCCCGACGACGUGGACAAGCUCCGGGAGCAGCUCUGUACAUCAGAGAACUCCAUGACGGGCCGCAUCCUGGACCUGAAGACGGGCACAGUGAAGAAGGAGGGUCAGCAAUCAUCCAUGCGCAUGUGCAUGGGCUCCCGGAGGUCCUUCAUCUGUAGGAUGAGGUGUGGCAAUGCCCCCUUGGACCACCUUCCACUAAACAGGAUCACCACAAUGAGGAAGAGGUUCAGGAACGGCCUGGGGCCUGUGAAGGAGGGGGAGGCCCAGUAUGCAGUUGUGCAUUGCACAGGCUACAUCAAAGCUUGGCCCCCAGCAGGAAUGACGAUUCCUGAAGAGGAUGCCGACGUGGGACAGGGCAGUAAAUACUGCCUAGUGGCCAUUGGGAGGCUCCAGGUGACCAGCUCCCCUGUGUGCAUGGACAUGAGCUCUGUGGCAGUGCCUACAGAGUUCCUCUCCCGCCACAAUGCUGAGGGCAUUAUCACCUUCGUGGACCCACGGUGCAUCAGCGUCAUCGGUUACCAGCCUCAGGAUCUGCUUGGGAAGGACAUCCUGGAGUUCUGCCACUCGGAGGACCAGAGCCACCUGCGGGAGAGUUUCCAGCAGGUGGUGAAGCUCAAAGGCCAGGUGCUGUCGGUCAUGUACCGCUUCCGCACCAAGAACCGGGAGUGGGUGCUGAUCCGCACCAGCAGCUUCACCUUCCAGAACCCCUACUCGGAUGAGAUCGAGUACAUCAUCUGCACCAACAGCAAUGUCAAGCAGCUCCAGCAGCAGCAGGCGGAGCUAGAAGUGCACCCCAGAGAUGGGCUGUCGUCCUACGACCUGUCUCAGGUGCCCAUGCCCAGCCUCCCAGCAGGUGUCCACGAGGCUGGCAAAUCAGUGGAGAAGGCUGACGCCCUCUUCUCCCAGGAGAGGGACCCCCGGUUUGCUGAGAUGUUCGCAGGUAUCAGUACAUCUGAGAAGAAACUGAUGAGCUCUGCGGCAGCAGGGAGCCAGCAGAUGUAUUCUCAGGGGAGCCCCUUUCCGGCGGGCCACUCGGGCAAGGCCUUCAGCUCCUCAGUGGUCCAUGUGCCGGGGGUGAGCGAGCUUCCGUCCUCGAGCAGCCAGAACAUGUCCCAGAUCUCCCGGCAGCUGAGCCAGAGCCAGGUGGCAUGGACAGGGACCCGACCGCCCUUCCCAGGACAGCAGCUGCCCUCGCAGGCCAGCAAGGCCCAGACCUCACCCUUUGGAAUUGGAACGAGCCACAGCUUCCCAGCAGAACCCUCCUCCUACAGCCCCCUCUCCAGCCCGGCCACCUCCUCACCCAGCGGUAGUGCCUACUCCGGCCUUGCUAACAGGACCCCGGGCUUCGCAGACAGCGGGCAGAGCGGCGGGCAGUUCCCGGGGCGACCCUCGGAGGUGUGGUCCCAGUGGCAGAGCCAGCACCAUGGCCAGCAGAGCGGUGAGCAGCACUCCCACCCGCAGCCCGGCCAGACAGAGGUGUUCCAGGACAUGCUGCCCAUGCCAGGGGACCCUACGCAGGGGACGGGCAGUUACAACAUCGAGGACUUCGCCGACCUUGGCAUGUUCCCACCCUUCUCAGAGUAGCAGCGGGCAGUGCUGG